GCUCCCAAGAUGGCGGCGCUGGCGGAGCGGGGCUACGCGCUGUCGUGCGGGGGGCUCGGCCGCGGCUCCCGCGUCUCCGUUUUCCACGUCAAGCUCACCGACUCGGCCCUCCGCGCCUUCGAGGCCUACCAGGGACGCAAGGAUUCUGUAGUGUUGAGACCUUCGAUCCAGUUCCAAGGAAGUCAAGGGCACAUCUCGAUUCCCAGGCCGGACUGUCUGACGGAAGCGCGAACGUUCUCAUUUUAUCUCUCCCAUAUUGGCAAGGACAGCCCCCAGGGGAGUUUUGACUGCCUCCAGCAGUAUGUGUCCAGUGAUGGGGACAUCCGGCUGGAUUGUCUCGGCAGCAUCCAGGACAAGAUCACCGUCUGUGCCACGGACGAUUCGUACCAGAAGGCCAAGCAGAGCAUGGCCCUGGCAGAGGAGGAGACACGGAGUAGAAGUGCCAUCGUCAUCAAGCCUGGAGGCCGCUAUGUCGGCAAGAAGGUCCAGAUGCGAAAGCCUGCACCAGGAGCUUCGGACACAGUGCCCUCACGAAUACGGCCAACACCUGUCAACCCUGCCAGCGCCAUCAAGAAAGGCAACAGUGCUGUGUCUCAGCGGCCCUUCAGAGACAGGCUGGUGCAUUUGCUGGCCCUGAAGCCUUAUAAGAAACCAGAACUGAUCCUGAGGCUGCAGAAAGAUGGCCUAAUGCAACAUGAUAAGGAUUCCCUGGAUGGUCUCUUGCAGCAGGUUGCAAAUGUGAACACUAAAGAUGGCACCUGUACACUAAAGGACGGUCUCUACAAAGAAGUGCAGAAGGACUGGCCGGGGUAUUCAGAAGGAGACCAGCAGCUGCUAAGAAAAAGGUUUCUUUUCCGGAAACUCUGCCCACCACUGAGUGCCAGCUGCCCCCCAGAGAACCCUGCUCAGAGUCCACCAAAAGAUGGUGCCAGUUUAUCCUCUUCCCCUUCCCAGAAACGGUCUCAGCUGUCAGAAUUCAUCGACCCCCUCUCCAACAAAAAGCCAAGGAUCUCUCACUUUACACAAAGGACUCCGCCCGUUUUCAACGGCAAGUUGAACUCUGCCAAUGGGAAGGAGGCCUCUUUGUCCGCCGCAGUGGAUUCAGUCAGCUCCAGCUCCCUUUUGCCACCCUUGGAGCUGCCCAGGCCUCAUGAUCCCCUUGCUGACAUCGGCAACGACGUAAGCCUCAAUGGCAAAGACUUCGAGACGCCUGAGCCGGCCGACAGGCUAGCGGCAACUCGGCCAGCAACGGACUGUGCCCAGCUGAGCCGGCACAAUUGCGGCUUGCAUUCAAAACCGAAGAAGAAACUUAAGAAGCACAAAGAGAGGGAGAGGAAGGACGAGGGGGAGCAGGCCAGAGGAAAGCCACCCUGCGCACUCAAAAAGGAUGGUGAGAAAAUGGGGCCCUCACAGAACGUGGCAGGUUUAAACGGGGCUUGUAACAACUGCAGUGUUCCAACAUCAACCUCCGAAAUGCCGGAUUAUUUGCUCAAAUACACUGCCGUCUCCUCCUCGGAACAGCGGCAGAGCUACAAGAAUGACUUCAACGCCGAGUACAGUGAAUAUCGGGACCUGCAUGCCCGCAUCGAGAGGAUAACUCGCCGGUUCACACAGCUGGACUCGCAACUGAAGCAACUUUCGCAGGGCUCCGAUGAAUAUAAGACGAUCCGCGAUCAAAUCUUGCAGGAAUAUCGGAAAAUUAAAAAGACGAACCCAAAUUACAGCCAAGAGAAGAACCGCUGUGAAUAUCUUCACAACAAACUAGCCCAUAUUAAAAAACUGAUAGCUGAGUAUGACCAACAGCAGUUCCAGCCUUGGCACUGAUGCUGGGGCUGUGGGCACUGCUCCCAGUGGACACGAUUCUGUGAACCGUUUCUGAAGGGAGAGUGGAAAGAAUCGAGAUCCUCACAGAAGAGAGGAGAGCCGGCCUUCCAGGGCUCGAGGCCUGAGUCCCCCACAGAGAGGCUUGUCCUUGUCCUUUUGCUGUAGGAGCCAGCCUGGCAGCAGCCUCCCUCUUUUCUCUCUCUCCGGUCAUUAAAACAAAAACUAAAGGAAAGAAAGUUUGCUCAUUUCUGAAUGCCAGCAGAUGACUCUGGAGGGGGAAGGAGCCGCAGCACGGAAGUUGAGUGUCUUCAUGAGUUUGAAUUCCAAGCUGGAAUUUGGAGGUGUUUGGGGCCCGCAGCGACUCAGCUGUGGAUCCUGUGCCGCUGACCACAGCUGAUGGCAGAAGCUGCAUGGGUGACCAGCUUUUCCCCCGGAAGUGAGGAAGCGCCUGCCUCUCAAUCCCCAUUUUGCAAACCUCUGCAUAUGCUGUCCAUUAAAUUGUUCAUAACUCAGCGCUCUCGCCUUGUUUUGUAUUUCGGUCCUCUUUCCCCAUGCUUCAGAGUCGAGGGCCUGCGGGUGAGUCCUGGACAUCUGUCUUGGCCAGCUGGCAUGGUUCUGCAUGGCUCCCUACAGCACAAGUCAUUGCCAUCAAGCGGGGGGAAGGGGGGGAGUUGGUUCUGGCUUGUGUGGUUUUGUAUACAACGGCCAAUUUUAACUCAUUACCUACCAGUGGGUCUGUUUUCCUUUUUCCAAAGAAGUCUGUCGUACAAAAAAGGUACCCUCUUCUCCCUCUGUUCUUGUUCGGAUCUCUUGCCAGACCCCUGUGUUGCAGCGUUGACUGUUUUUUCAGGCCCCCCUCCCAAUUUGGAGGUUUCCCUGUUUGUCACCUUUAAAAUGGAUUAUCUGUAAGAAACGGAGGGGGGGGGGCAGUAAGUGGAUGAUGGGGCACGUUUUUAUCUUUUCGUAAAUUUCCCAAAGGAAACAGCGCAGGAUCAAAGAAUGCACCUCAAAGGAGGGUGCCUAAACGGCUGUGGAGAAUCUCUCUGGCCAGUUCGCCCCUCCCCCUCUCAGUUACCAGCCUGGGGAGGAUCAUGACCCUAAGCCCCCCCCCCCCUUUAGUGAGGGGUUUGGGAUCCCUGUCAGGAAUAAGCUGGCAACCUCUCCUGAAUCCUGGGUGGCCAUUUGGGUAGCUCUUGCCUUCCUGGCUUGAGAUCCAGGCCACUUUCUUCUGCCCCUCUGGGCCUUCGGAUGGGCGGGGGGGGGGUCCCCGCUGACCCUCUGCCUGGGCUCCAGCCUGGGCUUACCCUUGACAUCCUUUGGGGAAGUUUCUCUGCUGCGGCUCUCCAUGCAGUUCCUGAACUGGAUACGGGCUGCAGUGGGAAGGGGCAGUAUAUGGUUUUUCAGUCAUGAAAAACAGCGCUUUGUAGGUGCUGGGGAGGGGGGGCAUAAACACAAGAAGCAUGGCUUCCUCAAAUCACAAGUGCACAAGCAGGUGUGUUUGGAGGUGGGGUUAGAUUUUGUGACUCUGGCAGUGAGAUGACAGGUGCUUUCUCAACGGGGGUGGGAGGAGCAGGCCUUUGCAGACGUUAAUUCACCCCCUCAAAACAGUGCCACUUCAUGGUCUCCCUAGUGGGCAGUCACUUCGUAGAAGUUGCUGGGCAGAUGGAAGUCUUGCGUUCUGCGUGGGCACAGUCGCAGCAGCCAAAGCAAUAAAGUGGUCAUUGGCCCAAAAUGUUCCGGAAAAGAUGCUUGGCACUUACCUCAAACCCUCCCCUAGGGGGAUGCAUGCCUCCCCCCACUUUAGUCUGUGAGCAGAUUUGUGGUUUUGCCGUCUUACUAAUGGCUGAUCUCUUGGGGGUUAAAAGUCUGGGGCUGUGCAGCUGUUUUAUUUGGGGGAGGGGGGGGACCUCUUCUUACUAAUGUGGGAGUUUCUUUUAUUUGCUACAAACCUAUGACCAAGAUAAUUUAGUUUGAAAAUACCAACCAAAUUCCUCUAGGAAACCAGCAGCAAAAAUAAACUGGUGGGAAUGAGGUAAAAGUUUGCCCGGUGAAGAAGAGGACGUUCUCAGUACCUUAAUACUUUGAAAUUUGCAGGGGGGGGAGGGGGGCAGUAUCGGAAUAUUUUUGGAGGGAAAUUAUUAAAAAGAGAUGGAUCUCAAUACUUUAUACAAUUUAACCUGCUAUAUAUAUUUUUGCAGAUGAGAGUUGGAUACAAAGAUGUAUUGUGUACAUUACACAAGUGUGUGUUUUUUGUGUGUAUAUACAAAAUAAAUAUAUUCUGGAAUUUUCUAGAAUUUGGAAUAGAAAAAUAUUUAAGUAACUGUCCAAAAAGGGGAGGGGGGGACUCUGACUUCUGCUGUUUUCAUUCAUGUGUUUAAAGGAGCAUAGUUUUAUGGGAGGGGGCUUUUUUUCUUUUAGCAAUUUACAGCACUCUAGGCAAAAACUUGUGCUUUUCUGGGGAGGCAAGGUUAUAGAAGCCCAUUCGUAAGUUGACUGAAUACGAUCUAACUUAUUUAUAAAGUGUGUUACUUUUCUAAUUGAAUGACAGAUAAAGAUUCUUUGAGCCAUGGAGUUUUGUUUACAAAAAAAAACCUUUUUAAAAAGAAAAAAAGCUUUUCAGUCUGCCAAAAUGUUAGCAUAUAUGAACAGCAUACAGUCUUUUCAGCUUUCCUAAUUUUUUUCUUUUAAAAGCUCAUGUCUGUGUCUCUUUUUGUAUACACCUGGGGGAGGGGGGGUUCAAUGUGGACUGCUGAUUUUUUUUGCAAUGUUUAAUAAAGUUCAUUGUGUACUGGACAUACUAA